AUGAUACUGGGAGGCUUCCUCAUGCUCCCGGCAACGUUCAUACACGACGACGAGCUUCGAGUGUCGAAGCAGGUCAUUGGAAUCUUUGCGGUCGCCAUACUAGCUGGCGGGUUCGCCUUCACCGGACUGUUGACCUUCGCUGUCCGCGAUGCCGAGUUCCAUGCCAACACGGUCUACCUACAAAGCCUCGUAUCGUGUGCGGUUGGUCUGUUGACCGUACUAUACAGCUUGUUUAUCAACAAGCGCUACUACUGGAAUAUCCCAGCAUAUCUGUCCACAGCCGUUGCAGUCAUUGGUAUUCUGGCAUACAGCGGGCUGGUGUUCUACAAAUCCCACAGGACAGGACGCGUGAGACCGCGACGGAGCAUGGUACCUAGCUCGCUCCCUGUCCAGCCUGAAGACAGCAGGAGUACGGAGACCUUGGUGCCUCGAUAUCAGGAUACAGCGUUUUACGACAACUACGUCCAGAACAUGUGGCCGACAUCAACGAGAUCGCCGAGUCACUCGCCCCAGCCUGGAGGCCAUACCUCGGAGGCCAUCAGCGAGGAGGAGAUGCAGCGACAGCAAAUGCUCAUGCUUCUGAACCGGGAGACUCCAAGCACGACACCAGAUCUUUCUCAGAGCACAUUCCGAAUCGACUGGCAGGGCCAGGAUCAAGACCAAGACGACAGGACACCCGUCUCAGGUUACUACGAAGCAGGAACACAGACCUCAGGCUCCGGCUCCGGGUCGUCCGGUUACCCACGAAGCGGUAUUUCGAGGAAGUUUUCAUGGCAGACACAGACUAUGCAGCCGUGGGAUGGAGUCUGGCGUGAUCCUGUACCUGCUUCCAUGCGAGCACCUGGUCGGGCACAGAUGUCUGGGUUUGAUGUGAGGGAGGAACGGCGGCGGCAGAUUGAGUCUGGCCGGUGA